AUGGCGUCGGUGAUUCUUAACCCAAACCCCUUAUUCAAACCUUCAUCUUUCCUCGUCGGUUCGAAGAAGAACCCGUUAUUCAAACCUUCAUCUUUCCCCAUCCGUUGGAAGAAGAAUAAUAAGAAGGAGGAGCAACUUUAUUAUGUGGGAGUACCCAAGGAUAGAAGACUUGGAUUAUGUGGUAGUUUCAAUAGACAAAGAGAAUAUGCUGCCCAGCCCAUAAUAUUAAAUGAGAUCGAUAAUCCCUUUCCUGACCGUGUCUUUCAUCCAUAUGAUUCGUGCAAUGGUUUGAUUUUACUUUUGUAUGAUAACAUUUGGGGCAAAGAUCCCGACAUUCCCCAGGAGGCUCUUUGGAAUCCGACAACCAACGAACUCAAAAUCCUUCCUACAUCUCCCGCAACCUUGGACCCGAGGUAUGAGAAGAGUAUCCACAAUUUGGUUUUGGGUAUGAUUCCACAUCUAACGACUACAAGCUUCCAUCUGUACGGUGAUCCAUUCGCAAAAAUUUACGCAAAUGGCACUUAUUACUGGUUAAAUAACGUAGACGACAAUUUUAUCCAGUCUUUUGACUUUGCUACGGAGAAGUUUGAUUCAUAUCGUGUUCCUAUGCCCCCUAGCCACAAGUUCAAUGAAUAUAAAUUUUUUCAUAAGAGGCUCGUUGAAUAUUGGGGCUCGCUCGGUUUUUUGGCUUCGACUUCUGUGUUUGUAGACGACAUGAAGUAUAAUGGUUUCGAACUUUGGGUAUGGGACGACGCCAGUUUGUUGUGGCACCUAGAGUCCACAUUUCUCGUCUAUAAGAUGCGUAGUUUUAUGGGCCUCUUUGAGAAUGAUAAGUUGUUUUAUCAACAGUUGGGAUUGGGGGGUGAUCUGAUGGUCCAAGAUUGUGCAAUGAAUAAGUAUGAACCACGUGAGAGACCAAAUCCAAAAUCCGUAGUUUGUGCAUUGAUUCCUCUUCAGAAGGAAACUGAGAGAUUUUGUCUGUCUCCUCUUGGUGAAGCAUGCCUUAGAAAGGACUUGACUGCCAUACACGAGAUUUUGGAAAAACUUGGUUACAAAGAUGAUGAGGGAGCCACGACUGAGCUUUCAUUCCAGAUGUGGACGAAUCACAUGCAGGACACACUGAACUCUGAGAAGAAGGGAGAUUUGGUUUUCGGGCAUAAAGAUUUCAGGGUGGCCAUUGAUUGCUACACACAGUUGGGGGCUGAUAUGAUGGUCUUUGAUAGCGCAAGGAGCAAGGCGAAUAACCUAUCGAGUAUCCAUACUCAUCGGGUGGCCAAGUUAUCCCCUUUUGUUGAGAACUACGUUUCGUUGAGCUCGUAUGGAAAAUGAUUAGGCAUUUGUUGGGAGAGGUAUUUGAUCAUAUUAUGGUUAUAUGAUAUGAUAUGAUAUACCGUGACCUUAUUUUAGGGAGUGCAAUAUUUAGGAAUUUGGUUUGCAAAGAAGUUGUACUUGUUAAUUUGUGUAUUUUGGAUUUAUAAUUUUAUGUAUAUCAUGUUUUAAA